AUGUGGGACCGGCUGCGGGGCAGUCGGGCGGCGGGCGGCGGCCGGAGCGGGGCCGCGAUGGCGCAACGCGACGAGAAGGUGCCGGCGGCGGCGGGAGAGAGCGAGCCUGGGGCCGGGGCCGGGGCCGGCACUGAGACUGAGACUGAGGCUGAGACUGGGACUGGGACUGGGACUGGGACUGAGGCUGAGAUUGGGACUGGAACUGGGACUGGGACUGAGCGGUGGCCGAGCGGGGCCGCCGCGCCCUUCCAGCCCCGCGAAGGCGGCUUCGGCUGGGUGGUGGUCUUCGCCGCCGCCUGGUGCAACGGCUCCAUCUUCGGCAUCAACAACUCCUUCGGGAUCCUCUACAUGAUGCUGCAGAGCGACCUGGGCGAGGGGGAGAAGGACCCGGCGCUGGAGUUUAAAACAGCAUGGGUUGGCUCCUUGGCCAUGGGCAUGAUUUUUUUCUGCUCUCCCAUCGUCAGCAUCUUCACCGACCGGCUCGGCUGCAGGACCACGGCAGCCAUGGGAGCUGCCAUCGCCUUCAUCGGGCUCCUCUGCAGCUCCUUCACCAAGUCUCUGGAAGUUCGUUAUUUCACGUAUGGGAUCCUCUUCGGCUGUGGCAGCUCCUUUGCCUUCCAGCCCUCACUGGUCAUCCUUGGUCACUACUUCAAGCGCCGCCUUGGCUUGGCCAAUGGCAUCGUGGCCGGCGGCAGCUGCCUCAUCUCCGUGCCGCUCCCCUUCUUCCUGAAGAUGGUCGGGAAGGCCAUUGGGCUGGCACAUACUUUCCAAGUACUCAGUGCCUUAAUGCUCAUCCAGAUCUUCUUGUCCAUGACCUACCGGCCCACCCUGCCACCCUCCUGUGACUCUCAGCACGACGGGCAGGACAAGCUGGGCAGCCGGAGCGCGCGGCAGCAGUGCUGGGCCCAGACGCGCAGGUAUUUCAACUUGAGGGUUUUCCGGAGAAAGACCUAUCGGAUUUGGGCCUUCGGGAUCGCUACUGCUGUCCUGGGAUACCUCGUACCUUACAUGCACCUGGUAAAAUAUGUGGAGAAGCGAUAUAAAGAGACCAAAAAGGACUGGAUCCUCCUGGUCUGCCUUGGAGGCAUGUCGGGGCUGGGGCGCUUGGUUUCAGGCCGUAUUGGUGACUGCAUCCCUGGGCUGAAGAAGAUUUACCUGCAGGUUGCAUCCUUCAUGCUGUUGGGCAUCCUGUGCAUGAUGAUCCCCCAGUGCCAAGGCUUUGAGGGCGUCAUUGUCAUCUGCCUCUUCCUCGGCCUCUGCGAUGGCUUCUUCACCACCAUCAUGGCCCCCAUCGCCUUCGAGCUGGUGGGGCCCAUGCAGGCGUCCCAGGCCAUAGGGUACCUCAUGGGGCUGAUGGCUGUGCCCAUGACCGCGGGUACACCCAUAGCAGGAUACCUCAAUGAUUAUUUUGGGAAUUACGAUGCGGCCUUUUACUUCGCCGGAGUCCCCCCCAUCAUCGGCGCCUUGGUGCUCUCCGUGGUCCCACUGGUCCAUCAGAGGAUGCUGAAGAAGCAGCGCCUGGAUUCUGGCAAAGACAAGAUGCUGGUGUCGGAGGCCGUGGUGAACGGGGAGCUGCUGCCGGGCUGCCCGGCCUCUGAAGCGCACAUGUGACCCCGCUCCCCGCACACCCCGCGGCCACCAGCAGCCUCUCCAUAGCCCCAGCACAGGCCCUUUUUGCAGACAGACCAUCAUUCCCAGUGAUUGCAGAUGCGCCAUGUUUGUAAAGGAGAAAACACAAAAAGUUCUUCUAGUUAAAGGCUCUUAACUAGCAGAAAUGCUCUUUCUCGAGACAGUUUUGAUUUCAAAGCCACCUUUUUUUUUUCCUCUAACCGUUUUCUAAGGAGAACUCUCACCAGGAUUCAAACUUGAUCGAUCUCCCGCUCCUCUCUCCAGUUUUCUAUCCAUCACAACAGAGGUUUACAGCUAAUAAAUGCCUUUUUCAAGCAGGUCACGGAUGGACCUUGUUGGACCUGGCAGUUGUCCAUCCUCCUCCUCCUCCUCUGGUGUUACUGGGGUGUCACAUCCAAGGCAGACAAUCCCCUCCCCAUCCAGCACCAGAGCCUGUUUGGAGCCAGAGAUCCGAAGGAGGAAGCGCUGCUUUAGUCUGAUGCACAAACCAAAUAAAUGUCAGCAAGUCCUGCUUCCAUCUUCUUCUCUCCCCCUUUCCCGCUGCUCUCCUGCACACCCAGAGAGCUGCAGCCGGGACGAUUGGGAGCUCGGCCGGCUCCACCAAAUGGAGCCACGUGGGAGCACACCCUUCCUGCAAAAUAUGCCUUAAAAAUGCAUGGACAAGACCGGCAGGUCCCUUGGCCACUUUCCACCUCUGUUUUCUCACCCAGUGACUAAUGAUUGGGCUUUUGAGGUGCAAAAGAGAGGGGCAGCUCCUGGCACAGCCCACAGUGGCUGGAUCCACAGGGCCAAAUCCUUGGGAUCACCACCAGGACAGGCACUUCGGAGGCAUCAAGGCACACAGGGAUGGGACAGAGCCCUGUGAGUCCUGGAUCAGCUCUGUGCUGGGACGUGGCUUCCGUGCUGGGCACAGGGGCACCCAUGGGUGUGGGGAUGCUGCUGGCUCAGGGCACAGGGUGCCACUGCUCUUUUUUAGGGGCCAGUUGUGUAUUAUGCAGCAAUAACCAGGAGUCAGUGUGGGCAAGGGAAGCCCGGUGUUCCAAAGGGUUGGAAAGCCCCUGUAGCAUUUCACUCGUUACCUGUGUGUUGUCGUGGGGAGCUGGUGCAAGGUCAGUGCUGUCCCUGGGGGGAGAGGGAGAGAGUACAAGGAAAUUGCACAACCAGUGGGUACCCACCACACAGAGAGGCAGCAGAGUUCAGCCUUGUGAAGAAAUUCAUCAUUGCCCAGAGAAAAUUUUAGAAAUUCCAAUUGCCCAGAGAGCUGUGGCUGCCCCAUCCCUGGAAUUGUUCAAGGCCUGGCUAGAGGUGGCUUGGAGCAACCUGGGAUAGUGGAAGGUGUCCCUGCACAUGGCAGGGAGUGGAAUGGCUUUAAGGUCCCUUCCAACCCAAACCAUUCCACAAUUGUGUGAUCAUCUCAAGGCAUUGCUAAUGAGUGUGGUUAAUGAGCGAGGAGGGAAGUUCUCCUGCCCCAGUGGGUCCCUGUGUAAAUGAGGAGCCAACAGUGACUGGGGUACUUUUUCCUGGGAGAGAGCAAGAAACAAAAUUCACUUUUAUCCUGGCUGCAAACCCAUCCUUCAUUGUGUUUUCAUUUUGUUCAACUGCCAUUAAAAAGCUGAGAUGCCUGAAGGGGGACGUGGGCCAUGGGAAUCACCCCUUGGUCUCCAGGCGAGUGUGGGGGUCUGUAACACCAAGACAAAUCUCUGCUCUGGAUAUUUGGGUUCAGUGGAAGGCCCCUCCCAUGGGCAGUGGUGGGACAUUUGUACAUAGGCUCAGGCCCUUGCAUGCCCCUCUGGCCCUGUUUUUAACUGAUGUUGGUUAAUGCAUCGUAAGGUUUUUUGGUCCUGUGGCCCUUCUGUCCCCGUACGAGCUGGAAAAUUACCUGAUGUGUUGUGAUGUGUCUGUUUAUGACUAUAAAAUGAGAUGUCUACUUGUCUCUUUCUUCAAUAUGCUUUUCCAUGACUGUUCUUACCCUUCAUGGCAUUGUCUGCUGUGGUUCUGCUGACCCAUCACUCAGUUUUGGGACCCACAGGAGGCAGCUGGAGCCAUGUGGGCAGGCAGGGCAGGCACCACAGUGUCUGUGCUGCACUGCGGUGGGAUCUGCCAGGCUUAGCCUAGAAUAGGGUGUUAAAGUGAUGAAGUAUCUUCAAAGCCCUCUGACAGCUGAAGGAAAGAAAUAACACCUCAUCAUAACUCCUUCUGCGUGGUUUUGGGCAUUUAUUAACAUGGGAGUUAGAUGAAGUUCCUUAAAUCAUAUUUUUUUACCUUAAUGCCCCCCGAAGGAGAGCUUAUGAGGCAUUUAAAUUCAACAAGGAGCUUCUUCAGGCCAAGCAGAGGAUGAGCAGACCUGCCUCCAAGCCUUGUCUGGGCUGAGUGAGCGGCUGCACGGCAGAGCCACCGAUGGCGGCGCCCAGACUUUGUUGCGGUAAAACCUCCCUGGCUCACAAAGUCAUUUAUGGUUCAAAUCCCAAAUUUCUGCAGAAUUCACUUGUCUUAACUGCUCCAAAUGCCUACAAAGGUCUUUCCCCAGGGGAACCUGCAUCUAGUGCAACCAGUGCUUAGCACUGCAGUGACAUCAGAGCAGCUCCAUGUCAACCAGGAGCCAGCCACGUUCAUUCCCACUAAAUUUUGGUCUUUGCCCAUGGCAAACCCCAUUUUGAUCACAGGAAGCCAGCCCUCAUACUAUUGCAGACUGAUGUCUGGUACCAGCCUCCUAAAACCACAUUCAUCAUCUUUAGCUGGCCAAAAUCCUGCCCGUGCUGAAGACGGGCAAAUUUUGCAGCAGAGAAGGUAGAUUUGAACAACAGCAAUGAAAGGGUCACCUCGACAGCAAACACAGAUGGGAAUGGGAAGGGCAAAGGUUGGAGCAGUCUGACGACAUAAAGGGAGUAUUUGGGGUCGGUUUGUCAGCAAACUACUACUGUGGGUCUAGUUUGGUUCGUUACGGUAUCAGGCAGCUUACAGGGAUUUGUGCAGCUGGUGGCAUGUGAGAGGUGGGAUUGUGGUGAUUUGAGCAUCUAUGAACAGGGAGGAAUUGCUCUGGUCUCUGAAACCUCCUUUUAGCCUGUGGUGGUCCAAUGAUGUCACACCAAAUGGAUCCCUACCUGCUGCAAAAAGCUUCAUCCCAAAACCCAUUCUGUUCCAUUAGGAUCCACUCAUCGUGGCUCAGCACAUCCACAUCCUCUUUGGGCAGGUGAGGGCUGAGCAAGCAGCUGCCUUCACAGCCAAAACUGCCUUUUACUCAGUUUUCUAAUUAAAAAAACCCAACCUGCUCCCUCUCCUGUUAGUGGCAGGCUGUGAUUCCUGCCCCUCUCCCUUGCUCCAGGAGGGGAAGGGGGAGCCUGGCACUCCAGGCUAAGCCAGUUUUGGGAACCAGCAAGGGCAGGGGAGCAGGUUGAGCCCCCGAGGUGGGAAAAGGGUGGAAGGGAGCAGGGAAGGCCCCACUUCACCCCAUGCCUGGGGUGUUUGCAGAGCUGCAGAGCCUUAUGUAAGUGUACAGUGAGCACAGGACGUGUCCCAGCAGCGCCCGCUCGGGGCUGGGCUGGGGCUGCCUCUUAAAUCUUUACCUUGAGGGUGUUCAAAAUCAACUUGUCGUCUUUUCUGCCUUUUUUUUUUUUUUUUUAAUCUUCCUACUGUUCCAGAGUGAGGCAUUGAAUUUAACUCCUCUUGCUCCUGCCAAGGCAUGGAGCAGGACAGCCGAGCUGGGAGGGCUCUGGGCAUGGUGGUGUUUGUGAUGGGAAGGGUAGCAAUGCUGCAGGAGCUGCCUGGGAAGUGCCAUGAUUCAUGGCUUAAACCAUCUGCAGGAGCUGCUUCAUUGCAGUGUGCCCUGUGCUGAGGUCCUCUGGCCAAGGACACACACAUGCCUAAGUCCCAGAUCUUAAUUUUAACAGAUUCUGGCCACUCACUGGCUGGGGUUGAGGUUUUCUAGCAUUUCUGUGGGAGCUGUGGGAAGGCCACAUCCUAAUUGCCAUCCAAGCCUGAGGGCUUCUGCAGGUCUGCUGCAGUACCACGGGGUUUGGGGACCCCCAGUUUCAAGAGGUUUUGGCUCUGCCUCCAAACAAUGUGGUGGUUUGGGGCUACCAGUUGAGGAACUUCAUCAUCCUCUGGGCUGAGCUGCCUGGAGGAGCCAGGAGAAAGAUGGUCUGCAGCUACGCAAGGACAUUCCCACCCUCUCCUGUGUGGCAGAGCCACGGGAAUGUUCUCCAUGGCAACAGAGGAUCUCUUUGGUACUUGGGUGCCAAGAGCGACUUGCUCUGGGCAGCCUGAUUUGGUGCUGAGGAUCUCACCUACUCUUGCUCAGAUCACUCCAGUUCAGUUUCUUGGGAGGUUGAGGGUGGAUUUCAACCCUGGCUGGCAUCUGCACCUUUUUGUGGCCAUGUGGUGCUCAGAGUGAAAACCUGGAUAAAGGUGAACUUGGACCAAAUCCUCUGGACUCAGGGGGACAGAUCCAGCUGAGACAUUUGCCAUCCCUCCAUCCUUCACUGCCAACCAUUCCCAGCUUUCAUGUGCUUUGGUACUCCACAGUUUUGUUUGGGGGUUACCUUGGUUAUUUUAGCUUCAAUCAUUUUCACACUGGCAGAGUUUGCAUCUCCUUAUCCAGCUGGAAGCAGAAAAUCAGGAUGACUUUGAAAGCCCCGGCUCCUUUGCCAAGGAGAGUGGAGCAGCCCCUCCCUGUGCCUUUAUGCCACCAAACCUGAGCUCAAACAGCUCUUUUGGGUGCUUACAAGCCACCCUUGUAAUCUCUGGGGAGAAUAAUGUGAUUGAAAAUUGCUCCUUAAAUACUCCUCUGAAGUCCUCUGUAAUUCCGGGCAGGGAUGGAGCUGGCACCAGAGAGGGGACCCACAGGCCAGUAAAGAUCCAAAAUAAAGCUGUUUCCCUAUCUUUUGAGAGCCCUUGGAAGGAAAGCAGACACAGGGGUGGAUGGAGCUCUGAGUAGGCUUAGGAGCCCUGGGUUGUCUGCAGGGGUGACCCUCCCCGUGCUGUGGGGUGAGCAUCGCUGCAGGCUCUUUAUCAGCUUGGCUCGGCCAUGCCGUGGACUUUGGCCCUGGUGACAGUGAGGUUAUCGCUGGGCUUUGGUGGGUUCACCCCACACAGCCCCUUCCGGGGGGGCUUUGUUGGUUUAUUCUUUCAAACGUUGCAGUGCCCUUAGUGCUCCUCUCAAGGACAGACACUGAGGGUGUCCCCACGUCCCCUCUUCCCACACACUGUGGUGGCAACACUCCAACUACAGGUAUGGGGCUGGGAUUCACAUUCCCAGUGCAGGCAAGGCGGGAGAGGAAAACACAAAAUUCCACCUGUUUCCUGCAAAACACGGCUUUGAAGCAGGCUCUGUACCUUCAAAGUUUCUCCUCUUUUUGUACCAUACUCCCAUCACUCCCCCUACAUCCACCUCCGCCCGGCACGGCGAGUGUAGCCCUUACCCGUAGUGCUAGAGACAAGGCUUAGUGUCUAUUUUACUAAGGAAUUAAACUUUUUUUUUCCUUUUUGUACGUUUUUAAUCAUGGUGUGGCUGACGAGUUGUUUACGGGAGCAGGCUUUUCCGUGGAGUUGAUGCUCCUCUUGUGGUGGGUGACGGCCAAAUUGCCUGAAUGCAGUUGGGGUUUGGCUGCCGAGCACAUUCACUCCAAUCAUUUCGGGAAAGAAAACGACUUCUCGAGGCCUGAACUUUCCCAGCAUAUCCUGUUUCAUCUAUUUGAACCCGUUAAAGCCAGAGGCAGGAUUUUUCUGGGGAGGCUGAGGUCAAUUAGGAAAUUACCCCUCUCUCCCUCCCCUGCCCUGAAAUCCAGCAGGAUGAAGCCAAAUAUUUGCUUUCAGAUGGGUGGAUUUUGGAGCUGGCUCCACAUAAGAGCACCGGGGCGGAGGCUUGAAUUUUGGCCGUUUUGAGUAAUUGUUUUUAAAGCAGGACCUCCAAGCUUGCUGCCAUCAGCCCUGGUCAGCAGAUUCCGAUGCCAUGCCUCUCUCCAGCCCUGUCACAGCUGGCAUUUACUCCACCAUUGAUGGAAAACAGCCUGUCCAUGGGUUUUUGGGGUGGGAUGCAUUGUUUUGCCUGUGAUGUGCUGGUAACGCUCACCCUCACAGUGUCUGUACCCACUAGAAAGACUAAAUAAAAGGCUGCAAGCACUGCCAGUAGCUUCGCAAUCCCAUUUUUUUCCCCAGUGUGUUCCUGAUUCUGGCUCAGCAGGAGUCAUGUGUGGCUCCAGAACUGGUCCUGGGAAGUGCCCAGGCCUGCUGGGCACGCUGGGCAGACCAGCAGAGCCAGUGGUCCAAAAACAAUCACUCAAUUCAAUGCUGAAAUCAGAUUCUGAAGCCUAAAAUUAUUCCUCUUUUCUUUUGGUUUUUUACAUCUGCUUCUUGCAAGUGAUUUGUAUCCCCCAAAAAUUUUGUAUCUGGAAUUAAAGUAUUUGAAUGUGUGUCUUAAAAGUAUGACUGUCCUUUCAAAUGUGAGUUUCUGAUUGUU